CGCAAACAAAAGGUAAACUCUUCUACCCUGUUCUGUUGUGAGGCGGUGCAUAUGGAACGUUUAUUAAGUCAUUGUUGAUUCAUCUUCGGAAUAAACAGUGUUAUUAUCUAUAUGUCAAUAACGAAACCUUCCGAACUGUUCUCUCUUACGCUGGGGAAACUGUCUUUGCGCUUGGAGUUUUAAAGACAGUCCUCUUCCUGGCAUGUUUACGGACAUGGACUACGAACUGGAAGAAGAUAAACUGGGGAUCCCCACUGUUCCUGGGACAGUGACUCUGAAGAAAGAUGCACAGAACCUGAUAGGCAUCAGUAUAGGGGGAGGUGCACAAUACUGUCCUUGUCUCUAUAUAGUACAGGUGUUUGAUAACACACCGGCAGCACUGGAUGGAACGCUUGCAGCAGGUGAUGAAAUCACAGGUGUGAAUGGAAAACCGGUGAAGGGAAAAACCAAAGUGGAGGUGGCUAAGAUGAUACAGACUGUGCAGGGUGAAGCUGUGAUUCACUAUAAUAAGCUGCAGGCUGACCCUAAGCAGGGCAAGUCUCUGGAUAUAGUUCUGAAGAAGGUGAAGCACCGUCUGGUGGAGAAUUUGAGCUCUGGUACAGCAGAUGCCCUGGGUCUCAGCAGAGCCAUCCUCUGCAACGAUGGGCUUGUGAAAAAGCUAGAGGAACUGGAAAAAACAGCAGAACUGUAUAAAGGGUUGAUGGAGCACAGUAAGAGGUUGCUCAGAGCUUUCUUUGAGCUCUCACAGACACACAGAGCUUUUGGUGACGUGUUCUCUGUGAUCGGUGUCCGGGAGCCACAGGCUGCAGCGAGCGAGGCCUUUGUGAAGUUUGCAGAAGCUCAUCGUAACAUCGAGAAAUAUGGCAUCCAGCUACUCAAGACCAUCAAACCUAUGCUACAUGACUUGAACACUUACCUGCAUAAGGCAAUUCCAGACACCAGGCUCACCAUUCGCAAAUACCUGGACGUGAAGUUCGAGUACCUGUCUUACUGUCUGAAGGUGAAGGAGAUGGAUGAUGAGGAGUACAGCUGCAUUGCGUUGGGGGAGCCACUGUACCGGGUCAGCACGGGGAACUAUGAGUACCGUCUGAUCCUUCGUUGUCGGCAGGAAGCUCGUGCUCGCUUUGCAAAAAUGCGCAAAGACGUGCUGGAGAAGAUUGAGCUGCUGGACCAGAAACAUGUCCAGGACAUUGUGUUCCAGCUGCAGAGGUUCGUGUCAGGCAUGUCACUGUACUACGAUGAGUGCUACGCUGUGCUCAAGGAAGCCGACGUCUUUCCCAUUGAAGUGGACCUCUCACGCACCACCAUCAGCUACAGUGGCCAGAGCCAGUCCUAUGAGGAAGAGGAGGAGGAAGAGGAAGAGGGGGUGGGAGACAGCAGGGAGGGGGGUGUCUCGACCGGCCAAGCAGAGAACGGCGCAGAGAAACUCAUAGAUGAUGAGUGAGUGAAGUGAAGAAGUGAAUCGUGGUGGCUAAGAGUGAAGUGGAGAAAUGAUGGUUAAGGAAUGAAGGACUGAACGAAUGAAUGUAUGAUUGAAGUGUUGAGUCAAUAACUGGGACAGAAGACAGAAUAGUUUGGAAAUACAGAGAAUAAAUGAGUGAAUGGAUAAAAAGGAGAGAUAGUGAUUGAUGGUGAAUGUAUGAAUUAAUGUGGAGGUAACAAUCCAAAGAGUUCAUUGAGAUUUGUUUAGCAAAACCAAUGCAGAAUUGGAAAAAUAAUUGUGUUCUUUUCAGGUAGUAAAUUUAUUAUCAUUUUUGUAGUAUGUUGUAUUUAAAAUGUUUUUUUCUGACUUUACCUCUUAAAACCAACUCCAGAGUUAAAAUAUUGGAUUUCAUUAGACAUUAAACAAAUUUUCUAUCAGGACCUUCCAGAAGGCUGGUAUUCCACAGUCUGAUUUGAGCACAGAUAUUCUCCAUGGGGGAAACCAAGUGUAAAAUUGCUUCAUGUGAACAGUGAUUUGGUCACUGAUGUAUACUGCCGCUUAAGUAGAAAUAGAGAUGAAUGAUGCUUUGUGAUUGAACACUGAAUUGUUUCUGUAUGUGGGUUGAGGGUGGCCUCAAGUCUCUGCACUGUGUGUUGGUCUGAGGAAUGUUCUUUUGCUUCUGACGGGUCAGUUCAAUCUUUGUUAGUUAAUUAUUUUUCGCAGUCAUGUUUUGCAUGGUUACCUGAAAUCAAGGGUAAUUAAGCAUGUACAUUUUAUUAUUGAUCUUUAAAGACCCAUCCUAUUUCAAAUUUUUGUUUUAUCAUGGUAACACAUUCUUACUACUGUAUUUGAAGGGUGCCAUUCUAAUUCUGUUUCUGUAGUAACCGGGUUACUCUGAUGGACCUGCUGUAUCCUGCACCUAUCAUGAAUGCCUGUCAUUAUCACAGCCAUUUGUGGUAGAUUUUAGCUGGAAUUACAAUACUUAGGAAGGCAUAUUACUUGCACAGAAAUACAUGCAACAAAUUCAUUAUCUUCAAACUGAUAUGUUCUACUUUAAAAUUUAAAGGACUUUUAUUAAUCUCUAUGUAUUUAUUUAUAUGUGUAACUUUGCUAGAUGACCUAAAAAUUAAAAGUUGUUCUGAAACACCCUUGCACUGUGCUAAACGUUCCUAACUGGGUUGAUUAGCUUUUAAAACCGCUAUUAGUCUAUAAACACGAAAAAUCUGAAUAAAUGAUUUUCUGUUUUGGGUUUUCAUCA